AUGUCAAUUCCCAAAAAUCAACAUCAAAGCCCAACUCAAACGUCUCUUAAACAUUUACAGUCAACACAUCAGCAGCAGUUGACACCAAAUUCUCAACGGAUUCUUCUUGAGACGUCUUUUGGCGCACCGCCAUUGGCGUCGAACGCAAAUGGUAUGAAUGGGCUUAAUGCCAAAAGUACAGCGCCACUUCGUAGAGCACCGAAGACAGUAGCAUUCAGUAACAAUGGUGCUUCUUAUCCACCACCUCCCAAAUAUAAACCCACAACACUUUCGCUAUGCGAAACCCGUCCUAAUCCUUUUGAUGGUAAAAUUGUUGACUUAAUUUAUGAUGAUUGGUUUGGAUUGGCACCGCUAGCAUCCCCUGAAAGUCUCUCAGAACUUUCAAGCAUUAGUUCCCGUGCUAGUGUUAGUCUUAAUUUAAAUUUAUCAAACAGUAUUGAAAAGUUUCUUAACAAAGUUGUUAUUGAUGCUAAAACUCCAUCGCCUCCAGUUACUAACCAAGAUGAAAUCUACGAGUCUCAACUUCAUACACCAAUCGUUAUUCGAAGGACACCGAAAUUUAGUGAAAAUUUGGCAACGUGUGCUGAUGAUUGGAAAACACAAAAUAAUUAUAAGCGAAUGGGAAAAGUUUUCGUUACAAAUCCAAAAAUUACUGGUUCUGACAGUGAUUCAAAUGGCGAUGGAAGUUUUGGAACGGCUGAAAGUUUGCCAAAAACUGGUUGUUGCAAUAGUAACGAUAACAUUUUAAAAGAUAAUCGAAUGCAGCAAGAUUGGAAAUCUGCCGAUAACAUCGACAAUAAGUUCGAUCCAAGAAACAGUAAUAAGACCUUCACGGUCAGUGACAGUGCCAUGUUGAAUGACUGUAAAUCGCAAUGUCCCGUUUGUCCAUGUACGAAACUUCCACAAGAAGAAUGUUGCCAAAAGUUUGAUCACAUAAGCUGCAUCAUGAUGAGUGCUGAAGAACAGAGAAACAGUGGAAAAUAUUCCAUCACUAAUACUACAAGCUCUAGUGACACAUAUUAUUCAUUAACGGGAUCUGAAAUGAAAGUAAUGUCUAAUGAUAAUGCAGUGAUUAUAGGACCAAAGAUUGUGCAAUAA